AUGGACACGACCAAGAUAGCACCCCUCGUCUGGAUCAACGGCUUUCCAGGCUGCGGAAAACUCACAAUCGCUUCCGUCAUGAAGAUCCUACACACCGACAUGAUCCUCCUGGACAACCACCAGCUGAUCGACCCCGUGGAAGCGAAGUACGCACGAAGUCAUCCCGAUUACCAAAAAGAACGACAUCGAUAUCGGCAACACAUCUUCAGGGAACAUGUUAGUAACCCUGCUACGUUAUCGCAGGUUGUGGUUUUCACCGAUUACCAGUCGCACAACGAACUAGGACAAAAAGUCGCGGAAGAGUAUCAGGAAGCAGCGAGAGCAGCUGGACGCCCUUUUAAGCCUGUCUACAUUGUUUGCGACGUCGAGGAAAACAUCAAGCGGAUUGCUGCCGCCGGGCGCGUCAACGGGAGUGCCAAGAAGCUCACUGAUCCUGAUCGUCUGAGGGGUUUCAGGGAGAGAUGCGAUAUCUUUCGGUUUGAGGGCUGUGAUGGUUUGAGCGUUGACACGACUGAUAGUGCGCCUGAAGAAGUUGCUAGGGAGAUACUGAGGUUUGUGGAGGAGAGAUGA